CACGCGGAGUCGCGUCGCGCAGUUGCCGCGAACCUCAACUUUAUUCAAAAAGUUACUUUUAACAAUUACGCAGAUCCAACGGGCAUAUUAAGAAAAAUCGUGUGAAAAAAUGCAACAAUAACACAUAGAAAGAGAGAGAGAACAAUAAUAAUAACUGUCGAACGUAAACAGUGAAUUAUAAUUGACAUUGUCAUUAGUGAGUCCAGACGAUGGAAUUCUAAUUAGAAAGGAUCCUGGUGCUACAGUAACCUAAGAAACAUUAAGACGAGACAUUGUUACUGAAAGUGAUUGUGUAAGCUGUGUUGAAAGAAUCAUCAGCAAUGAUUAUACAAGACUCCGAAGACGUAUCAACAAUACAAAACUGCGGCUGUUAACAUGUCGCAGAGUCUACUAAAGAUUCUCGGAGCUAAGAAAGUUAUGCGCAAAUGUAAACCACCAGAUCGAAAAAAAAAUCUUCUAAGUCGCUUAUCUCAGUCAAAAACCAAAGCAUACGCAAACAUACAGUUAUAUUAUAAGAAGUUAAGACAAAACGAUAACAAAUAUUAAAAUAAGAAGAUAGAAAACAAAAUGGGUAUUCACGUACUUCUAGCAUCGACAGCACUAAAGACUGUUAGCGUAACUGGUUUGUGGCUUAUUCCACUUCUAUUGGGAGCAUUUACCUAUCAUAACUAUAACUCAUACGACCCCGAAGCUAAAGUUCUAGAUAAAGAACCGAGGACGGAAUAUGAUUUCAUAGUUGUUGGAGGAGGCUCUGCGGGUGCAGUAGUGGCGAAUCGAUUAACAGAAGUCAAGGAUUGGAAUUUGUUACUACUUGAAAGUGGACCAGAUGAAAACGAGAUCACCGACGUCCCUUCGUUAGCGGGCUACUUACAACUAACGAAGCUGGACUGGCAAUACAAGACCGAACCUACUUCAUACGCCUGCUUAGGUUUUAAGAAGAAUAGGUGCAGUUGGCCGCGAGGGAAGGUGCUCGGUGGAUCCAGCGUUCUUAACUAUAUGAUCUACGUAAGAGGAAACCGAUAUGACUUCGAUCAGUGGGAAUCUUUUGGAAAUCCAGGCUGGGCAUACCGAGAUGUGCUUAAAUACUUUAUAAAAUCUGAGGAUAAUAGAAAUCCUUAUUUAGCUAAAACUAAAUAUCAUGGUCGAGGAGGCUAUUUAACUGUUCAAGAAGCUCCAUGGAGGACUCCAUUAGUUGCUGCUUUUGUAGAAUCCGGUGUGGAAAUAGGAUAUGAAAACAGAGAUAUUAAUGGAGAAUUUCAAACUGGAUUUAUGAUAGCCCAAGGUACAAUAAGACGAGGUUCAAGAUGCAGCACAGCCAAAGCCUUUUUAAGACCUGUGAGGACACGUAGGAAUCUUGACAUAUCUCUUAAUACACAAGUCACGAGAGUUUUGAUAAAUCCGAUAACAAUGAAAGCUUACGGUGUGGAAUACUUUAAACAUGGCAUUAAAAGGGUAGUGUAUGCCCGGAAGGAAGUUAUAUUAUCUGCUGGAGCAAUCAACAGUCCGCAACUAUUAAUGUUAUCUGGUAUAGGACCAAAGGAUCACUUAAAGAAUGUUGGAAUAAGAGUCUUAAAAGAUUUACCUGUAGGAGAAAAUUUGCAAGAUCACGUGGGAGUAGGAGGUUUAACGUUUCUAGUCGACAAACCCGUAGCUAUUGUUCAAAAUCGUUUUCAAGCAUUUCCUGUCACAAUGAACUAUGUUGUUAACGAAAGAGGACCGAUGACAACUUUAGGGGGGUUAGAAGGCAUAGCCUUCGUAAAUACUAAAUACGCAAAUACAUCCGGCUUAUGGCCUGAUAUUCAAUUUCAUAUGGCACCUGCAUCAUUUUCUUCAGAUAACGGUCAAAUAGUGAGAAAAAUUUUAGGUCUCACUGAUGAAGUAUACGACACAGUAUAUAAACCGAUAGCAAACAAAGAUGCUUGGACUAUUAUGCCUCUACUGUUACGUCCAAAUACUAGAGGUUAUGUAAGGUUAAAGAGUUCCAAUCCAUUUGACUACCCCGUAAUGAAUCCGCGAUAUCAUGAAGAUCGGUUAGAUGUAAAUCGGCUUGUCGAAGGUAUUAAAAUAGCGCUUCAAGUAGCAAAUGCAUCUCCAUUCAAGCAGUUCGGAUCAAGACUAUAUAUGAAACCAUUGCCGAACUGUAAACAUUUAAAGUUUAUGUCUGAUGAAUAUAUUGAAUGCCAAGUGAGGACAAUCAGUAUGACAAUAUACCAUCAGUGUGGAACAACAAAAAUGGGACCCUCGUGGGACCGUGGCGCUGUUGUUGAUCCUAGAUUACGUGUGCAUGGUAUUGAAGGACUGAGAGUUAUAGAUGCUAGUAUAAUGCCAACUAUAGUUAGUGGUAACACUAAUGCGGCUGUUAUAAUGAUUGGAGAAAAAGGCUCUGACAUGAUUAAACAAGAUUGGUCUAAACGGAAAAGAUGACAAAAGUAAAACAUACCCUAGGAUUUUGUAAAUAUUUUGUAUCAUAUUAAUAAAGAAUAUGUUUAGUUACCAGAAUUUAUACCAAAAUCAUUUAGAAUUAAGAAUGUAAUACGAUGUAGCAAUGUCAUAAAAGACGUAAAUUUACUUCGUCAUUACGCGAGUCGGUUUCGAAGAUAAACAUAUCGUUAAAAAUCUUUUAAGUAUCACUUUGAAUAUUUAAUUAAGUGCCAUAUAUGUGUCUAUCUUUUCGUAA